CAAACAUCAAGCAGAAGGAUGUGGCUCAGCCUGCAAAUGAUCUGUGUUUUGUUAUGACUCCGAGUGGCCAGGUCUUAGUUCGUCUCAGAAAGUGGCCCCCUUCCCACAAAGUGCCACCCUUCCCUGGAGGAGCUGAGAGCUGAGCCCCUGUCCAGUGAAAACUGGCUCCCAAAUCCAGAGGGUUUGCUUUUGCUUUGUUUUUUAUAUAAUUAAUUGUCUGUUGGCCCUGGUGCUGAAAUAAUAUUGUUUUACCAAUUUUAAUAAAACUGUCACAUAGUGAAAAGCCAUAAUCCCCUGGGAGAGCACCAUUGUAACUUUCUCCAGCCACCAAGUGGAAAAUGAAUUACCAUCAGGGCUUGCAGAGUCUGCAUGAAUUGCUGAGAACUUAGUCUUGUUUAAUUAAUAUUAAUUUAUUUAUAAAGUGAUAAGAUUCAUGUGGCUUUUGUUACAUCUGCUUUUAAUUUUAGAGACAUUUUAAUCAGUUUGCUGCGUGACAGUAUUUGUCAACACCAGGUAAAUAGGACCUCUAAUAUGACUUACUGUGUUGAGACUAGUUAACAGCCUAGACUGGGAAAUAAUACGCAAACUCGUUUCUCCUCUCUUAUCAGGAGAGAUCAGUUCCCAAAGCGACAUAGAUAUUGUUAGUGUAGGUGAUACCUGUAGCCAUGACAUCACUAUAAACCCCUGGCAACACUUACACCCUUGGGAAUGUAUUGCUGCUGAAGGGAACUGCUUGACCUGAAAGUCUGAGACUUUCUCUCCAUUGAAUUUCCUUCUGCUCAAGGAACAAAGCUGAUGGGUUCAAGCAAGAAUCCCUAAUUUUUAGUGGUUUGCAGUCAAGACCACUGAAGUGACUUUUUUCUUUUUUCUCCUGGAGUUUGCACUUUAUGUGUUGUUGUUAUCCUUGUCUGUUUCUCCUCCUUACGUUCCCUUGACACUUGUCCCUACCUUUGGAGGAUGAGAUAAGCAGAGAACUCUGUCCCUGUGAAGUCAAAGAGCAGAACAUGUCUGCACAAAGAGGGCCAGAGCAAGAAUCAAACCUCUCCUGGGUAGGCAGGUGUGGGAGAGCUCCUUUGUUGCAGAUUGCUUUCUGGAGUGCCAUCAGUGGGGUUUUGUCACUGUACUGACAAGGAUAAUUAGAAGCAGAUUUCUUUCUUUUUCAUUUUUUUUCCUCCUUUUUUUUUUUUGGAGUCACCAUGCUGCAGCAAAUUUUGCGUGAUAUGUAUAUUGACCCUGAGCUCCUGGCAGAGCUGAAUGAAGAGCAAAAGCAGAUCUUGUUCUACAAAAUGAGAGAAGAGCAGCUGAGGCGCUGGAAGGAGAGGGAAGAAAAAGCCCGACUGGAGGAGGCUGUGCUGAGAAAGACAGCGAGGCGCAACCAGAGUAACGGCAAACACGUGCAGUGGCUGCGUGGGAAGGAUGGCGAGGUCUGGGUCUGGGUGAUGGGAGAAGGCCCAGGUGACAAACCCUACGAGCAGAUAUCCGAGGAGCUCAUAGCAGAGAGAGCCAGGCAGCAGGCACAGAGGGAGGCAGAAGAACUAUGGAGGCAAAAGGAAGCUGAAAUUACAAAGAAAUUCCGGGAUGCUAUGGCUCAAGAAAAAGCCCGAAUAGUGGCAGAAAAAUGGAAAAUAGAAACAGAGGAUCGGAAAGCAGCCAAAUUGGAGGAAGAAAAAAUUCAGGAGGAAUUAAAGAAAAGAGAAGAAGAGGAAAGACAAAAGGGUGAAGAACAAAUCAGGCAGCAGGAAGAAAUCCGAGCACAGGAGUUGUAUCUGAGCCUGAAGCAAGCUCAGCAGCAUAGUCAGCACAGCGACGAUGACCAGGAGUGGGAAGAACAGUUGCGCCGCUCCAAGGCCGCAGACGAGGAGAGAAGCCACAAAGCGCGCAGGGCGCGGGAUGAGUAUCGACGGCAAUCCCUGCGCGCCAUCCAGAAGGGAAGAGUGGCUGGCCUGAGUAACUUGUUCCAGGGGACGAGCCUCAGCAAUGACCAGGAGAUAAAACUGAACAACAAUAGUUCAAGUCCUUUGCUGUCUUUCUCUGCAGCGUCCAGUAACAUCUGGGAGCGUCCGUCCCGACCCUUCUCCCGAGAUGUCAUCAUCCGCUGGUUCAAAGAAGAGCAGAUCCCUCGCCGUGCUGGAUUUGAGAGGAACACCAACAGGAUUGCUCAGUGGUUUCACGGUAUUAUCAGCCGUCAGGAGGCAGAAGAGUUGUUGAUGAAUAAGUCUGAAGGCACAUUCCUGGUGCGAGUCAGUGAGAAAAUCUGGGGCUACGCGUUGUCUUAUCGCCAGCAAAGUGGCUUCAAGCAUUUCCUGGUGGAUGCUUCAGGGGAUUUCUACAGCUUCUUGGGGGUAGAUCCAAACCGACACGCAACACUCACAGAUCUGAUCGAUUUUCACAAGGAAGAAAUCAUCACAUCAUCGGGUGGGGAGCUACUACUGGAACCAUGUGGACAGCAGAAGAAUCCACCAGACUAUAGUCCUUUAUUUGAAUAACUGAUCCAGGACUAACAGGGACGCAUUCUGGAUGACUGUAGUAAUAAAUAGCUACAAAAGUAAACAUUGAAAGUAUUUAACAAACUUCCAAAGCCACUGGUCUUGUGGCCAAAAAGUAUCCUCAAAAGAAGGCCUAAACUAUU